AUGGACUUAAGUCUCACGAUGAAGGAUCACAUCUGUAACGGCAUGGUACGACAACGACGGAGUAGUACUGCUUCAGUAGACACCAACGAAGAAAGGUCAAAGAGAAAGACAAGAUCAGCCGAAACUGUAGACGUUACACAACAAGAACGACGAAAGAGAAAAGCGCCAGUUGUACCUCCAGAAGUUGAGAAAGCUGUCGAAGACUUCAUAAAAUUCACAGAAACAGGUCUGCUUCUUUGGAAAUGCUGCUCAUUCAAUUUGUCAGAAAAUGAGUCUGACAAAGGACCUGGUAUCGAAGGUCUACGCAAAGAGUGUCGCGCUGUACUCGAUUUCAAACCUCGACCAGGAACAUAUGAGAAAUUUAAAUCUUGUCCACAGUAUAACCGAUAUAGGGAAGUUCCAUGCCUUGACGCCACACGUGUAAUUCUUCAACCUUCGGAAGGUAGUAACAACGACUAUAUUCAUGCUAACAGAGUCAAAUUAGAUAAGGCAGAACGUGAAUUUAUACUAACACAAGGCCCUAAGAGCAAUACAAUAGAAGACUUUUGGAAGAUGAUCUUUCAAGUGAGCUCAGAACAGUGCGCUGGUGUAGUUAUGCUGUGCAACUUCUUUGAAGAAGGCACACAAUCAUGCGAAGACUUCUGGCCGACAGAUUCUGGUGCAUACAAAUACUACGGGAAGAUGUUUGUCAACAAUAAAAGAAUUGACCACCUGGACCAAUACGAUGUGUACACAUUAGAAGUCCUACCUGAUGGAUGCUCAAAUUCAAUUAUAACGAAGCUAGCACAUUGUACAACAUGGCCAGAAAAAGCAGUUCCCACUAGUGGUCGAAUGGUGUUACGAUUGAUUAGAUGGACCCAACAAUUAGAGCCAGGAUCCGUCACAAUUAUGUGCAGCGCAGGAGUUGGUCGAACUGGGACAUUUGUAGCAAUAGAUGCUGUCUGUACUAGGCUAUUUAAAGGAUAUGAAGGCAAGGUUAGAUCCAUCAGAUUUUCUACUCGCUGGAAAAAAAACUCAUACUACUUUUUCUCCUCAAUUUUUUUUCGUAUACUCGGGUCCAUUUGUGCUUUUUUUGUGGUAAAUCAAGAAAUCAAGAUCAGAAAUUAGUC